ACAAAAAUAAUAAUUUUAGGUCUCCAAUUCCAGAAAACAUUUACCUAAAAUUUAUAUGCAAAAUAAAAACAAUAUAAAUUAUUUUUGGAAUAACAUCAAGAAUUGAAUGAUUUUCAUUUUUCUAUUUUAAUGAAUUACAAAUCAAUAUCAAUCUUUAAUCUUAUCUAAAGAAAAAAAAAAUUAAUGAUUUCUUAUUAGAUAUUUCUGAAUAACAAACACAUUCUGAUAGUGUGAUAACCUGAUAACUAUAAAUUGAGCCAAAUGAAUUCCAAAGCAGUACUUGCAAUCGCCUUAGUGUUCGUAGGAUGCUGUAGUAAUGUAGUAUUUCUCGAAUUCUUGGUCAAAACUGAUCCUGGAGCUGGAAAUCUUAUUACAUUUUUACAAUUUUUAUUUAUUGCUCUGGAGGGAUUUAUAUUCACAGCAAAAUGUGGAACGGAAAAACCGAAAAUCGGUAUCAAAGAUUAUUCGAUUUUGGUGGCAAUGUUCUUCAUAACAAGUGUGUGUAAUAAUUAUGCCUUUGACUUUAAUAUACCAAUGCCAUUGCAUAUGAUUUUCAGAGCGGGUUCCCUAAUAGCCAAUAUGAUUAUGGGUAUCCUGAUUUUGAAGAAACGUUACGAUUUCUCAAAAUACUUAUCUGUUUGUAUGAUAACAGCUGGAAUCAUUCUUUGUACAAUUGUAUCCGGAUCGAAUGUGAAAGAUACAAGUAAUCCUGAUUUGAAAGAUGCUAAUCAGCCAGAAAGUGAAUUUUCGGUAUUCUUUUGGUGGAGUCUUGGCAUAACAUUACUAACUGUAGCCUUAUUUAUAUCUGCCCGCAUGGGUAUUUAUCAAGAAGUUCUAUAUAAACGUUAUGGAAAAUAUCCAAGCGAAGCGCUAUUUUAUACGCAUCUUUUGCCUCUUCCUGGUUUUAUAUUGAUGUACGGAAAUAUUUGGGAACAUAUCGUCAUAAGUUCAAACAGUGCACCAGUAGCAAUAAUUCCUGGUCUAAGUAUUCCAAUUACAUGGCUUUAUCUAUUGGGAAACGUUUUAACCCAAUAUUUAUGUAUUAGCUCUGUGUAUGUUUUAACAACCGAAUGUACUUCGCUAACCGUUACAUUAGUUGUAACUUUGAGGAAAUUCGUAUCACUUUUAUUUUCGAUUGUUUACUUUCAAAAUCCAUUUACCACAGCACAUUGGAUUGGUACGCUAUUAGUUUUUGUUGGCACAAUUAUAUUCACAGAAAUGAUGCCAAGUUUCAAAACAAAAAAAUCAAUUGAUGCAGCAAAAGAAGCUAAAAAACAAAAAUCAAAUUAAAAUACACUGAAAAAAAUUCAGAUUAAAAAACAAAACAAAAUGUACAAAGAAUAGUCAUUCAACUUGAGUUCGAGAUCAAAUUGAUUAAACAACUUUUAAACAUGAAAAAAAAAAGAAUUGGAAUACGUUUUUUUUAUGACACAAAUGUUGUUUCAAACUUUGAACAUACAAUUUUAACAUACAAUUUUAAAAUAGGCAGCUUUUCCUUGUGUGCAGAAAAAAUUACAACUACCCUUUAUUCUUGAAUUAAAUUUAUAUUUUUACAUUCCCAUUUAAUAUUUUAUUUUGACAUUUCUUAAUAGAGCAAUUUACAGGAAACUAUGAUUUUAUUAAUAAAAAAGACUAACUAGUUGAUACUCGAGUUGAAUGACAAACUUGAAUGUAUGUAGUUUUCAAAUGCAUAUUUCUUCCAUAAAAUAAACUGUCCAUAUUUGUGUUGUGUAUAUUUUAUACAAAUUUUCCUAUAAUAUAAUUAAUUAAAUACAUGAAGUUAUUGUUACAAAAAAAAGAGCUUUAAAAUAAAAAUAAUAUAAUAAACAGAAA